GUCAUUCUUUAAUAAGAGAACUGUACUGCAGUGCCCGAUGAAAUUACAAGCGCCUAUUUUAAAUUACAGCAGUUUAUAGAAAAUAAAAUAUAAAUAACGUUGUCGAUAUUCAAAUAACUUUCAAAUUAACCAAGUGAUUCUUUAUGUCAAAAAUAAUUCGUCUUCAGUUUAUACUUGAGUAAAUUUAUUAAAAAAAUAAUAUAAUGAGAAAUAGCGGAUUGGUUUUGUUCGCAUGUGCUGGUUUGUUGCUUAGUGGCGGCGCUAUUCUCGGCGGAUCGACGGCAUGGAGUCUCCUACGCAUGUCAUAUUACUUCUGGACAUCUGACCUGGGAGUGGAGCUGGGUUCCAACGUGCUAUUUAUUACGGGUGCCAUGCUAUGUUUACCAACGUGUUGGCUUUCCACCUUGGUGCCUUAUCAUACGAAAUCGAUGACGCUUAUGGCAACCCUGAUGGGCUUAGUGACGGUUGCUAUGAUGAUGCUGUCCAUGGGAAUGUCCACAAUCACAGGACUGUCGCGAGCGGUGCGGGAACCUACCGCCCUCAACACCAGCAUGCUGCGAGCGAUGACGUUCGACGCCUUCGACCCUUCAGUCAGGAGUGCCUUCAGUGCAAUGCAAAUUGAAUUGAGGUGCUGCGGAGUGCAAUCGUACUUGGACUGGUACCAGCAUCGCCGUACAUUGCCGCCAGCUUGCUGUGGUCGAGUAUGGAACGGAAAGCGUGGCGACCAGUGCGACAUACCUUUAUACGGGACUGGCUGUCUACGUCCUGCACUCGCUGAGCUACGCCGACACAUUAACGCACUGUCCGCUCUCGCCUCCGCCAUAAUUAUUGUCAUGGGUGUGACACUGUUUACCACUGCCUACCUAUUGGUGACGAAUGUGGUAGAGCGCAACGAGGCGCGCAUCUUCAAGCCUCCGCAACCUCUACGCAUUGCCUGCCUCGGAGCUCACUCUCCUCUGGUAUCGCUUACCUCGCCUGCUGCACUCCCUACCCCACAAAUGUAAAAGAAUAUCGUAGCUUGUACUAUAUUGGUUGUUUAUCAUGUCUUAUAAGAUGUAAUUUAUUGAAAAUUGAAUUAUUGUGAUUGAAUUUCUUUAAUAUUAGGUAUCACAUUGUAAUCUAAUUUUGA